GCCGCCGCCGAGGUGGUCUGUUCGUGGUAUUAUCAGUGAAACACGAGUUAAUUGGUUGUUUACCUUAUUUACAUCCACAUUCUUAUCAUUACAAACGUUGUGACAAGUGUUCUAUUGUUGUUUGAUUGUCGGUUUGUGUUAAUGGGACACUGGGGAGUGUAAUUUGUGUGAUUUUCGGCUGCGAUGGCCGCGUUUACGUAGCAUUGAGAUGGGAAAGCGUCCGGCAUAGUGUUGUGUUGUGUUACAAAGGUAUCUUGCCUAGAUGCUGGGGUACAGGAGCACGAUGUGCAACCGGCAGCACACGCAGGCGUGUCUGAACACAUCUCUGUCGAUACGGCAAGAGAUCCAAAGGUUCGAAAGCGUGCACCCCUCUAUUUACGCGCUUUACGAUCUCGUGGAACUGGUCCCCGACCCUUUGCUGGCUCAGCAGAUUCGUGAUCACGUCGUGGCUAUCGAAGAUUCUUUCGUCAACAGUCAAGAAUGGACGGCGUCUCGGGGUGUGACGGAGUUGCGAGUUGGUGUCUUAGGCUCCCCGGACAGUGGCAAAUCAGCUUUAGUGCACAGAUACUUAACUGGGGCGUACAUGCAGGAAGAAAGUCCAGAAGGCGGCAGAUUCAAGAAGGAGGUGAUAAUCGACGGCCACAGCUACUUGCUUCUCAUCCGGGACGAGGGCGGGUCCCCCGAGAUGCAGUUUACUGCGUGGGUGGAUGCCGUAAUCUUCGUUUUUAGCCUCGAAAACGACGCCAGCUACAACACCGUUUCAAAUUACUUCAAUAAGAUGUCUCACUAUCGGAAUUCAGCUGAAAUUCCGAUCAUAUUAGUUGGGACUCAAGAUGCCAUAAGUGAAAGCAGUCCGCGCGUGGUGGACGACAACCGAGCUCGUAAACUGUCGAAUGAACUACGAAGGUGUUCUUACUACGAGACGUGUGCGACGUAUGGUUUAAAUGUUGAACGGGUAUUUCAAGAUGCGUGCCAGAAGAUCGUUGGUACAAGACUAUCGGCAUCAUCCCAAUGCCUCUCUGGAGGUUCAAGGCCGGUGACUCCUCAGCCUUUAGCGAAUUCACCAAGUCACAACCAUUCCACAUUCCUUUAUAAGGACUCCCUUCCACGCGGUCACCACACACUAUCCGCUUCAUCCCACCACCUCCACAGAGGCGCGUCAUCCUUCGACGCUUCAUCAAACAGCAGUGGAAUAUCCUCAACUCACGUGGUAGAAAUACACAGCACCAACGGCUCAGACACCUCCUCAAGAUGGGGGAACUCCCUAGGCAGCCACGGCUCCUCAUCAGGCCUCGUCUCCAUAGCAACGGAGAACAACAACGUCAAAUUCACCGCGCCACACUGUUUGGACAACCUCCAACCUUCCAAAGACGUAAAAGACCUCCCAACUCCAUCAUCUACCCCAACAACGUCAAGGAAAUCAAGAAGAAGAUCGAAUUUGUUCACGCCGUCAAAGAAAGGGGAUGACAGACUGAAGAAUGGGGAGCUGGGGUCUGGAAGGGCAAUUCCUCUGAAACAGGGAUACUUGUAUAAGAAGAGUAGUAAAGCACUGAAUAAGGAGUGGAAGAAGAAGUAUGUGACGCUGUGCGAUGAUGGGCGGUUGACCUAUCAUCCUAGUUUACAUGAUUACAUGGAGGACGUGAACGGCAAAGAGAUAUCACUACAGUAUGUAACGGUUAAGGUGCCUGGACAGAAGCCUCGAGGGUCAAAGUCCAUCAUCACGACGGUUCCCGGGUACAAUGGGUACACUAGUAUGGAUAUACAUGAUAGCAUUGGAGGGUUAUCACUAGGCUACAAAGACAAGCCAACGCGAGCGACGGACAAAGCCCUGCUAUCAGCAUUUGACACAAUGAAGGAACCAGCAUCAAGUAGACAGUCCUUAGCCUCUGAGGUGGACAUCUGUGCCAGCAAUGGCACGGAUAAGGACACGCCUCAUGUCAAAAAGCGCCAUCGGAGGAUGAAGAGCAGCGGGGUGAAGAAGGAUGGGGAUGAGGAUGCGGAAAGUGCAACGUCGUGCGAGUUCACGAUAGUCAGUUUGGACGGGAAAAGAUGGCGGUGGGAGGUGGGUGCGGGAGGCACGCCGGCCGCGUCGGCCGCUGAGAGGGACGCUUGGGUCGCCGCUGUGGAGGCGCAGAUACUGGCCUCACUACAGGGCAGGACGUCCCGGCAGCCCGCGCCGACGGGCGCCAACUCGACGGGCGACGUGCGAGCCACGUAUUACAUACGCAGGGUCAAAGGGAAUGACAAGUGCUGUGAUUGCGGAGCGCAAGACCCGGACUGGGCGAGCCUCAACCUGGGCGUGCUGAUAUGCAUCGAGUGUUCGGGCGUACACCGCAACCUCGGCUCGCACAUCUCCCGCGUGCGCUCGCUCGACCUCGACGAGUGGCCACUGGGUCAUGUGAGCGUAAUGGUGACGAUGGGUAACUCGCUCGCCAACUCGAUAUGGGAGGCUGACCUGCGGGGACACAUCAAACCCAUCGCGACCUCCACGAGGGAAGAGAAGGAAAGAUGGAUACGUUUGAAAUACGAGCGACGGGCGUUCCUCUCAUGCGAGCCGGCGGUAUCAGGCGGAUCAGGGGGUGAAGCUCUAAGAGCGGCGGGAGCGAGGGGGGCCGUGGGUACUCUAGCGAGGCUACUGGCCGCGCCCCCACCGCGCGCCCCCGCGCCCGUCGAACGGGCACUAGCGUUGAGAGCUGCGGCCGCUGCGGGACAUCUGGCGGCUGCACAGCUGCUGAUAUGGCACAACGGCAACCCAAACUUCCCCGACGCAGACGGCCAUACCUGCGUGUUCUACGCCCGCGCCGCCGCCAACCAUCUCUCGGGCAUACCCACCCAAUUCCCCAAAAACCUCCAAAUCACCUGCCCCCUCCACCCAAACCCCCCCACCAGCUCCGGAACUAACUCCACUAGCUCUAGUUCCAGCGCGAAAAGUACCAAGACCCCAGAACCGGAGUGCAAUUGCAUCAUUUUCGAUUUACUAAAUGCCCAGAGCGCCUCUAACGCCCUAGUAGAAAUCCUAAUCGGUCUACAGAACAACCAGUACAUGAAUAAUGGUUUUGAUUAUAACCAAACUCUAGGCAGGCCCUCUUUUGGACAUAAUCUAUCUUUGACUAAUGGUAAAUGUGGGAGUAUUGUGUAAUAUAAAUAAUAAAAUAUUAAAAUAUAUAGUCCAUAAAAAAUUACUUCUCACGCGCCAUUUUAACGUUAUAUGUCAAAUGCCCUGUGAAAAGGACGAUUUUAGACCCUAAUUUAAAGGUGAACCCGUAUUUUAGACAUGACACUUGACCCAUAGAGUUAAAAUGGCACGUGUGAAGUCAAUUUAUA